GCAGCUUUGACUUCUUCUUCCGCUGCACCUCCCAAUACACAAGAAGAGCAAAGCAAGCCACUGCGCACUGGAUCUGUCGUUCUUCGCCUUUGUGUGUGGGUGUUUGUGCGCCUCCUCCCCUCCCCCUCCCCCUUUCUCUCCCUCCACGCACACACGCUCUCUUCCCCAUCCCGGCCGCCAUGUCGGACGAUGAAGAGGACUACCGCCUGAAGCGUGCACGUCGCCUCGGAUACGCAGAUGGGGAUGAGGAAUCCGACAAGCGCACAGCGUCUCCCACGCCAGCUACAGGCGGCGGUGGCGGUGGCUUGAUGCCAUUGCCGACAGAGGCGGCUGCUGCGCCUCGCAAGGAGCCUCUCUUGUCACAUGCACCCAUGGCUGGCCCCAUCCUGGGCACACCCAUCGCGCCAUUCGGCUCAGCAAACACCGUGUACCCAGCCAAGCCGGCAGUGAUACGAACACCGGCAAACCACAGGGACAAGAAGGCCGCAUCCAUGCGAUGGCGCGGGCGCACGUCGAUUGCAGACAUCUUUCGCCAGCGGCAGGAGUCGUCCCAGCAGCUGCUGCAGGGCAUCAACUCCGCCGCGCAACAAGCGCCCGACCAGGCGUCGAGCGAGAGCGAAGUUGUCGACACAUUCUACACCACAUUAGCGCGCCAGGUGAAGGUGCAAACUGUGCCCACACCGCCCGGCACACCGCCGCCGCCCACCAUCCCUGCAGACUGCCGUCGUCCCGGUGCACAGCAGCAGCAGCAGCAGCAGCCACCACUCCUCUCCAGCGCAGGCGUGGCCCAGCCCUCCCUGCUGGGGGGCGUGCCCUUGCUGCCCCAGCUGGGAGGACCAGCGGGAGGAGCGGGAGGACUGCUGCCCCAACCAGGCAGCGGCCAGUUUGGUGUUGGUGGGCAGUUUGGCGGCGGUCUCAUGCCCACGCCGCUCGUGCCGCCCCGACCGCUCCUGGACGACCCCUUUGCCAUCCGCCGCGCCCGCAGGCCCGGCGCGGCGCCACCGAGCCCUCCGCACCGCGCCGACCGCCGCCACCGCCGUGGCCGCCGCCGCUACUCCCUCACGCCCUCCCCUCCGCCUCGCCACCACCGCCACCACGACCGCCACCGUCGCGAGCCAUACCCGCCCCGCCACCGUCGCCGCGAACGCUCGCUGUCACGCGGGCGGCGCAGGCGCGGCAGCACAGAGUCACGCUCACGCACGCGCUCACGCACGCGCUCACGCACACGUUCGCCAAGGCGCUCGAGACAUAGGACGCGGUCUAGGAGUAGGUCGCACACACGCUCUCCCUCGCGCUCGCGUUCGCGCACACCGCCAAGCUGGGGCCGCAGAGGUGGACGCAGGCAAUCACCAAGCCCCGACCGCCGUGACCGUGAUCGUGGUCGUGGCGAUUCACCACCGCGCGCUGUGGACACAGCACCAACGGAGCCCGGCGACGCUGACUCGCGUCGGGAGCGGCUUCGGCAGGAGCUCAAGGCCGUGGAGAUGGCAAUUGCACGCAGGCGACAGCAGCAGCAGCAGAGUGAUGAUGGUGGUGGUGGUGGGAAAGAGGAGCACGGUGUGGAGCAUGGUUCGACACAGCAGCAGCAGCAAGGCGGAGAAGAGAGUGGAGCGAGCGGCGGUGGUGGCGACAGCAAGGCAGUAGACGAAACAGCAGCAGCAGAAGCAAGCGGGGAUGAGGAAGAGCAGGGAAGUGAUUGAUGCUGGUGACUACUGCUUCCUGUGUGUAGGUGGCGGGGAGUGGAUUCGCAAAAGCAACGAAGCAAACGAGUUUGUGGCUUUUGAUGUAACAUGGUGCAAGUGUUAUACGUGUACACGCGUGUCUUUGUGUUUGUGUACUUUGUACCGAUACAGUCGCUUCACUUGCUUACUCGCAGCAGUGGUGCACAUGAGAUUGCCAAAGUGGACACAAAGAAAGAAAUAAACAAGCCAGUCUGUG